GUUUUUAUCUUUUUGUAGCAAAACUGGCGAAAACCCCGUGGAAUCGACAAUCGGGUGCGGCGGCGCUUCAAAGGCCAGAUGCUGAUGCCCAACAUCGGCUACGGCAGCAACAAGAAGACCAAACACAUGCUGCCCUCCGGCUUCAGGAAGUUCCUGGUGCACAACAUCAGAGAGCUGGAGGUCCUCAUGAUGAGCAACAAGACCCAUGCUGCAGAGAUAGCCCACAACGUGUCGUCUAAGAACAGGAAGUUGAUUGUGGAGAGGGCAGCUCAGCUGGCCAUCAAGAUCACCAACCCCAACGCCAGGCUACGCAGCGAGGAACACGAGUGAUCUGGGACCACGACUCUUCGUCUUUCAAUAAAUGAUCUAUAAACCUGUCAA